AUGAGUUCAAAUGAGACAUCACAUAACGACAAUACUACUUCUUCCGAAGUACCUCCCGUAGAAGAAAUUGAAGGUUCCUGGUGGCUUACAGGAAUAUCGAUAGUCGGAACAACCAUUAUAUUUGUCGUGACCGUCAUUUUCAGUUAUCGUCGUUCCAAUCGACUAAAACCGAAUAACAAUUUCUUUGCUCUCCAACCUCGGAAUUCAUCGAUCGAUUUUGAUCCCAUAUUACACAGAGGUUUGCUAGAUGAGGAAGAAUCUACGGCUUUGGUAGGAAAUUCGGACAGUAAUCUUCCUCGAUAUAAAGAUGAUGACGAAGAAGUUGGUAAGAUUGAUGAUCAUACAAUAGAAAGAUAUGAGGAUGAUGUCGAGGAAGAGGCCGAACCUUCCGAGAACCAAGUCCUUGAGGAACAACGACAAAAUCUUUUUAGUAUUGCUGAUGAAGAGGAGGAUGAUGAAAAUUAA